GGGAAUAAUCACAUCAGGAAUGUCAGCUAUGAACAAAUCUGCUGAAGAUGGGAACUCCUUCUCGUCAAAGGUCAUUGGCGUCGUGUUCAUCACCCUGCUGCUGGACCUGUUGGGCUUCACCCUGAUUCUGCCGCUGCUGCCUUCUAUUCUGGAUCAUUAUGCUGAGGCAGGGGAUGUCACAUAUCAGUCCCUGCAGAGUGUGGUCGACUGGUUUAGGGAGGCUGUUGGUAUUCCUAUGGAAAAGAAAUACAACACUGUUCUGUUUGGAGGUCUGAUUGGGUCGCUGUUUUCUCUGCUGCAGUUCUUGUCCUCACCUUUAACGGGAGCUUUGUCUGAUCAUCAUGGCAGACGACCUCUCCUCAUCUUUACCACAUUAGGGCUGAUUUCCUCCUACGCGGUCUGGGCUGCUUCCCGGAGCUUCAGCAUGUUCCUUUUGUUUCGGGUAAUUGGGGGAAUUUGUAAGGGGAACGUCAGCCUCUGCACAGCCAUCAUCGCAGACCUGCCAUGCCCAAAAGCCCGGAACAAAGGAAUGGCAAUGAUUGGUGUUGCCUUUUCCUUGGGCUUCACCGUUGGACCUCUUAUGGGUGCUUACUUUGCUGUCAGCUCCAAAACAACAGAAAACGUCUUCUAUGAAACUCCAGCUCUACUUGCCUUGGCCUUCAGUGUCGCUGAUCUUGUCUUUAUUUGGCUGAUGUUGCCAGAAACUCUACCAAAGGGCACUAAGGCUUCACUAUCUGGCUGUGGGGAGUCCUGGGAUCUUCUCAGUCCACUCUCCUUGUUCCAUUUCACCGCCGUCACCAAGACGAAGGAACCACCUUCAAAAGAAAGAAUGCAGAAGCUCCAAGUGUUGGGGCUGGUCUAUUUCUGCUACCUCUUCCUGUUCUCUGGUCUAGAGUUCACAUUGAGUUUUCUGACUCACCAGCGCUUCCAGUUUACAAGCAUGCAGCAGGGAAAGAUGUUCUUCUUCAUUGGUGUCAUCAUGGCUUUAAUCCAGGGUGGUUACGCUCGAAGAAUCAAACCUGGCCAACACAUACGAGCUGUUCGCACGGCAAUAAUGAUGCUGAUUCCAGCUUUUAUUCUCAUUGGGUUAUCAUGGAACAUAACUAUGCUUUAUAGUGGCUUGGCGUUAUACUCCUACGCUGCAGCAAUUGUAGUUCCCUGCCUGUCGACCCUUGUUGCUGAUCAUGGUUCAGCUAAUCAGAAGGGUACAGUGAUGGGGAUCCUGCGCAGUUUGGGUGCACUGGCAAGAGCAUUUGGACCAGUGAUGUCAUCCUCUGUUUACUGGAUUGCAGGAGCACAGACCUGUUUCCUCAUCACAUCAGCCUCCUUUGUGGUUCCUCUUCUUCUCUUGAGCAAAGCCCGGAGGUUAAAGGAGGAAUGAGCUGCAGAAGGACUGAGAAUAAUAUUUUUAAAAGAUCCUAGUUCUGCUGCCUUGUACAGAUACUAUGUUGUUUACUUAUAUCCAGGGGAACAAGCACUAUGUUUUUACAUUUUUAGAAAGCCGCUAUGUCAUAUUUACCCUCGGUGCCUUUGUCUGAAGAUAUUCAUGUGAAACAAAACAAUGCAAAAAGACCAAAUGUAUGCCCCAAUAUUGAAGAAGGUACAGAGUAUUUUUUAGUAUUAAGUAGGAAACAAUGCUGUAUGUUUGCACAUGAAGAAAUCUCCUUUUUAUAAAACACAUUAUAGUGAUUACAAAUCGUAUUUAUGCUUGCUGAGUUUCAGCCUCUUUUUAUAAUGGAGCAUUUUACCAGUCAUACAGAUGUAUUGUUUUAUUAGCCAACAUUAUACGUUUCCUGUCUUUGAAGGAGUUUUUUUUUUUUUUUAAUUUGGGGGUAAAAAUCUACUGUAAUGCUUUUGUCAAAAUGAUUUCUAUGCUUAUCACCAGAGUUAAUAAAAAAAAAAACGUAAGUAAAAUUGUACUUUUCAAACCA